AUUAUAUCUAUUAAUGCAACAAUCGAAUUAGUUACUUGUUACAGUAGCGAAUAUACUAGAUGAAAUAAUUAAAGAGACAGAUACUUUAGAAAUUGAAUAAGAGACCCAAUCAUAUUUUCAUGCUAGCAGAGCACCCUCAAUUUCUAUUCACAAUUACUUACAAAGAAUUGCAAAAUAUACUCAUUGUAGUGAGUAAUGUUUUGUUAUAGCAUUAAUUUAUCUAGAUAGGUUAUAAGAAAAACAUCCCUAUUUAGUGCUUAAUUCAAAAUGCAUACACAGGUAGUUGAAUUUAAAUUAUGAAGAUUUCUAUUGUUAGCUAUAAUGACUGCAAUAAAAUAUCAAGAUGAUGAUUAUUAUAAAAAUGAAUACUAUGCAAAAGUCGGUGGUAUUAGUGUUAGAGAGACUUAUAUUCUUGAGUAGGAAUUCUUAGAAUUAAUGGAUCAUUAAUUGUUUAUAGAUGAACAAUAUUAUUUUUUAUACGAAAAAAAAUUGCUUGAAUAUGGAGAGAUUGAAAUGCCCUGA